GGAGGUUACUCGAGUUGUAUAUCCGGAAAGAGCAGUGUAAACAAAGCUUGAAAGCGAAGGGGUGAAUCAGACGUCCAAUAUAUAGACAAAAAGAAAAAUAAAACCCAGACUUUAAACACACACCAGUAAUGGGUCGGGGAGAGGUCCGGGCCCGGGGGAAGCAGGGGAGGAUAGCGGUCCCCGCCAUGCCCCGCCCAAUGGCCAUCCUGUGCUGUGUGCUGAACUUCAUCGUUCCAGGGUUAGGUACAAUCAUUGCCGGGUUUACGGUAUGUUGCUGCGCACGUAGUGAGGACAUGACGUAUUGCGAGAAGAUGAGUAGUUUUUGCAUUAGCUUUUGGAUCGGGAUACUGCAAAUUCUGACACUUCCGGUUCUAUUACUGGGAUGGAUCUGGAGUUGUGUGUGGGGCGUGUCCUUUAUCGGAAUGUCAAAUGAAUACUAUGUUGAUAACCCUGUGAUGGACAAUGGUCACGUGAUAUCAGCCAACCAAUCAUAUCCUGUCACAUCUGCGCCCCGCCCCCAGGCCCACGGUUACCCACGGGCGACAACUCAGCAGCCGGCAGCCCAGGGUGGUUAUUAUCCGGCCUACCAGCAGCAGCAACAGCAACCGUACCAUGGCUACGGAGCCCCUCAGGGCCCUCAGUAUGUCGCCGCCCCGUCUGCCCCACCCCCCGAGGAACCUCAGGCCAGUCACAGCGGUUACGGUGGGAUGAACCCUCAGCCAGGGCCUUUCUAUGGGGAGCCCCCACCGCCUUACUCUGAAUCGGAACUUCCGCCGGCAAAACCGCCAGUCAAGUCGUGAGCAUCACGCGAACAACAAGUGUGCAUCACGUUACUUGUUCACAAGUCAGAGAGCAAUC